AUGUCGGCUGAUCUUACCUGGCUUCUUAUCAAGAACAACAACUCGUUCCUCGUCAAGCGCUCGGGUGUUCAGUUCUCCUCGGAGGCUGGCAACUUGUUGAACAAGAACUCGUUCAAGUAUUCUGGCCUUGCCAACAACAAGACCAUUGACAUCGUUGCCGCUUCCUCUGGCCGUGGCGUUGUUGUCUCGACCAAGAAGGCCAGCGUUCCCGCCUACAAGUCUUCCAAGGGCAUCAACAAGGUUACCCUCUCCAAGGGUGUCCGAAAGUCUGCACGCUCCGUCGCUGGUCUUACCCGCGCCGGCUAUCGCGCUGAUCUUCGCAAGGCCGCUCUUGCCCGCGUUUCUGCUAUCCUCAACAGCCAGAAGCCCGUUAAGGCUGCCCCCAAGAAGGCUGGCAAGGGUAUCCGCGCCAACAAGCACUAA